CAGGAGGCGGUGGGCGGUAGGCGCUGCGGCCGCGGUUCUGGUGCCGGCGAGGACACAGCACCGGCAGAGGCUUCUGGACUGCGCGAUGAGUAGCGGGUAACUUCGAGUCUGCAGACAAGAGGAGAAGAUGAAGGAAGAUUGUCCACCCAGUUCUCACGUGCCCAUCAGCGACAGCAAGUCCAUUCUGAAGUCGGAGCUCUUAAGUCUGCUGAAAACGUACAACUGCUACCAUGAGGGCAGAAGCUUUCAGCUGAGACACCGAGAGGAAGAAGGGGCUCUGAUCAUCGAGGGGCUCCUCAACAUCGCCUGGGGACUGAGGCGUCCCAUCCGGCUCCAGAUACAGGACGACAGGGAGCGAGUGCACCUCUCCUCAGCCUCCUGGGCGCCCGGACCUCCCAGCUGCCACCCAAAGGAGCCACCUCUUCAGGAUGUCAAGGUCACUGCCCAGGAGCCAAGCACUCAGCCCGUGCAGAAGGCUGAGAGUUCCAAAGACAACUCAGCUGCAGAGCCUCUGGAGGAGGACGAGGAGACCCCACAGUUGAUGCGGACCAAGAGCGACGCGGCCUGUGUGAUCCAGAGGAGGCCUAGGUGCCGUGCACCUGGAGAGGCCCAGAGGCUCCGACGACACCGGUUCUCCAUCAACGGGCACUUUUACAACCACAAGACCUCCGUGUUUACUCCUGCCUAUGGGUCCGUGACCAACGUGAGGGUCAACAGCACCAUGACAACCCUGCAUGUGCUCACCCUGCUGCUGAACAAGUUCCGAGUGGAAAAUGGCCCCAGUGAGUUUGCACUCUACAUCGUUCACGAGUCUGGGGAGCGGACAAAAUUGAAAGACUGUGAGUACCCGCUGAUUUCCAGAAUCCUGCACGGGCCUUGUGAGAAGAUCGCCAGGAUGUUCCUGAUGGAAGCCGACCUGGGCGAGGAAGUUCCCCACGACGUCGCUCAGUACAUUAAGUUUGAAAUGCCGGUGCUGGACAGUUUUGUUGAAAAAUUAAAAGAAGAGGAGGAAAGAGAAAUAAUCAAACUGACCAUGAAGUUCCAAGCCCUGCGUCUGACGAUGCUGCAGCGCCUGGAGCAGCUGGUGGAGGCCGAGUAGCUGGCCAGCGCCUGCCUUUUCCAAAGUCCCCAGCAGCCAGUGCACACUGAGUGCCAGUGGCGGGGCCCUGACUGGUCACACUGAUUGAAGGCCACUGGCUGAGGAAUCCAGCACCCACGCUUCUACCUGUCUACCUGCCUGAGUCCCAUGAGUCCCAUGUCCCUGGCUCUUGGCUCAGAGGUGAGCACUCACAGGGCCCAGACCCAGGUCUGAGGAGCCAGGAACUCGCUGGGUAGGGUCUGUGCAUAGGCUGGCCUGUGCAGUGAGCAGCCCUGAAGCUGUGGCACCACCCAUGGUACAUGGCUGGACGGUGUGGCCAGUCCUGUUCACACCACACCUCUCCUGCUCAGGGGAUCAGUAGCUGACUGAGCCCCUGGGGCCUGGGCUCCAUCUGCUUUCCCAGUGCCUGGCUCAGAACUUCUGCAGGACCACAAGCCCCUGUCCUCAUCAUCCAUAUGAACUACAUGAUCCCUGUCUGCCUUCGCCUCAUGCCGCCACUCAGAAGCUCUGCUGGGAAAAGCAGGGGCCCCGGCAUAUAUAAGACGUGCCCUGCUCACAGCCAUCACUUCAUCUGGCCUCCAAGCCUCUGGUGUAAACCCGUGAGCCUCACACAGCCCAGCACCAUGGCACCUGAGGUCAGACCAGGAAUAAGACCACGAGCAUCCCAUCUUUUGUCUGCAGCACUCACUCUGAACUUGCCCAGCAAGACCUGAAAGAA